AUGAACUUUGCCCAAAAAGUAACUGAAACCUUUUAUCAGAGCUGGGAGAAGUUCAAGGAUUUACUCAAUGCUUGUCCUCAUCAUGGGUAUGAAAAUUGGAGGAUAAUAAGUUUUUUCUAUGAGGGUUUACAACCCAAGAUGAGACAAUUUGUGGAGACAAUGUGUAAUGGAGAGUUUUUCAAUAAAGAACCAGAGGAGGCUUUUGAAUACUUUGAUUAUUUAUCUGAAAAUGCUCAGUCACGGGAUGUUUCAGAUGCAUAUCAUAGAAAUGAACCCUUAAAGAUAACUGGAGGGGGAAAAUACAACUUAAGGGAAGUGGAUGACUUGCAUGCUAGAGUGUCUAUGCUUACUAAGAAAUUAGAGACCAUAGACAGAAACAAAGUAAGUGAGGCUCAGGUUAUUCAAAGAGUGUCUGAAAAAUGCAACAUAUGCGAGGACAUAGGACACCCUACUAAUGAUUGUCCCACUAUCCCAGCUUUUAAAGAAGUGUUACUGGACCAAUCUGAAGCUGUUAACAUGAUUUCAAAACCUUUUGCAGGUGCAUCAGGAUCAACUCAGUAUCCUACUGCAGCACCUUAUGGGCAGAGGAGGAAUCUUGAGGAAACUGUCCAUCAAAUGGCAGCAAACCUUCAACAGUUCAUGCAAGGGCAAGCCACCAUCAACAACCAGACUUCACAAGCCAUCAAUGAGAUUAGAGGAUCCUUGACGAGGUUGACCACGACUUUUCACACUCAAGAGAAGGGAAAAUUCCUUACUCAAUCUCAACCUAACCCGCAGGGACAGAUUCAUCAAGUGUCAAAGGUAGAGGAGACUUCCAACACUAAACCAGUAAAAGAUGUAACAACUUUGAGAAGUGGGAAAAUCUUGGUAAAUCCCACUCCUGACUCAGCCACCAUUGGUAAGGAUUCUACCCCUAAACAUGUUGAAACUGAGGUGAACAAUUUUCAAACACUUGCACCUUUUCCUACAAGGUUGACCCCUGUGCACAAAGAUAAGUAUUAUGCUGAAAUUUUUGAAGUCUUUAAACAAGUGAGAAUCAAUAUACCCUUGUUGGAUGCUAUUCAACAAAUUCCCACUUAUGCAAAAUUUCUUAAAGACUUGUGCAAUGUUAAGAGGAAAUUGAAUGUUAAAAAGAAAGCUUUUCUCACUAAACAAGUCAGUGCAAUCAUACAAAGCAACACUCCUCCCAAGUAUAAGGACCCAGGUUCACCCACUAUUGCUUGUAUGAUUGGAAAUUCAAAAAUUGGGCAUGCUUUACUUGAUUUGAGGUCUAGUGUGAAUCUGUUACCCUACUGUGUUUAUGAAAAAUUGGGCUUAGGGGAGUUAAAGUCUACUUCCAUUACCCUACAGCUAGUGCUUGAUUUAGAGGGCAACCUAGACUCAAAUGACACUUCUAAUGACACCUCUUCUGUUUCAUAUGUAGGCGCUCAAACUGAGAUGCAGUGGAAGCUAAAGGAUGAACAACUGCCUCCAGUGACAGCAACAAUAAAGCCAUCAGAGGAGCAGAUCCCAGCAUUGGAUCUUAAUCCCCUACCCACAGAACUCAAGUAUGCCUUUCUAGGACCUAAUAGCACUUUACCCAUAGUUAUUUCUUCUUGCCUAACCAAUAGACAAGAAGAAGAGCUAUUACAGAUUUACUUGGAGGAGGAAUCUAAGCCUUCUAGAGAAAUGCAAGAAGGCUUAAUCCUUCAAUGA